AUGCAUGCACAGAGGGUUCUCAGGUCAUUGAUAUACACUUAUCUCGUACAAGAACUUCUGGCACAGGCUUUUCAGCCAUGCGCUAUCCUCGGUCCACGAUUUCCCCGUCCGAGUGCUUUCGCACAGGACAACAGUGUCCAGGCUGCGAUCAAUGACACCACUGCUGCAUUCGACGAGCUUAUUGCAACUGGCAAUAGCACCUUUGGGACUAUCUCAAAUACGACUUCCUUUAGUAUAGCCUUGUUUACUUCAAAUGAUCCGCUCAAUCUGUCGCAUCCAUUCUUCUUCGAGUACCAUUAUACCGCACCGGCCCUGAAAGAAAAUGGGCUGGGAACGUCUAACCUUGACUCGAACAGCAUCUUCCGUAUUAGUACUGUUAGCCAAGUCUUUACUGUCUGGAUGUUUCUCAUCGAGGCUGGAGAAGCAUACUGGGUCGAUCCAAUAACAAAAUACGUCCCGGAACUAUCCAACGACAAAGGUCGCGGGUCAGUAACGUCAGGGCUGUUUUCUUGGGGGGAUGUCUCUCUUGGUGACCUUGCAGGUCAUCUCUCAGGCAUACCCCGCGAUUCAACCGCACCACUUGCCAACAGUCGAAUUGCACAAGAUCGGGUGAGUCAAUCUCCAUUGCUUAUGGACUCUUUGCGAUGGGCUAAUUCGGAUCUGCCAGAGUUCUUCCAAGACUUGACCGCAAGGUAUCCUGUUUAUCUGCCCGGCACCACUCCCAUAAUGUCCAACACAGCUUUCCAACUUCUCUCCUACGCGUUGGAAAGCAUCAAACAGACCACAUACGAAGCGAUAUUCAAUGCAACAGCACAGGCUAUUGGAUUAAGAGGCAGCACUUUACGUCAGCCACCAACUACAGAAAAUGUCGUGGUGCCCGGGGACAACAUUACCCAGAGUGGCUGGUCAAUCGACUUUGGCGACGAAGCAGCGGCAAUCUCGAUGUAUUCUACCAUAUCCGAUCUCUCACGAGCGGGCGUGGCGAUGCUCAAUUCCACGCUUGUGCCAUCUGCGACGACGCGUCGAUGGCUGAAGCCAAUUGUCAACACCUCUAAUUUGAGAAAUGAUGUUGGGCGACCCUGGAUAGUCUACAAGGCGACUGCGAACCAAAGCCCGAUCAAUCCUGUUAUUGACAUUCUCACUAGCUAUGGCUCGGUUGGUCGAUAUAGCUCCUACUUUGGACUCGUACCGGACUACAAUGUCGGCUUCACCAUUCUUGCUGUAGAUGAAAUCGCUGCACCCGAUCUCAAUGUCCACGCAGAUAUCGUCGGUGGUUUCAUAGCAGGCCUUGAAAAGGCUGCGAUUAGCCAGGCUGCAGUUAGAUAUGCUGGGGUCUACAGUUCGAAUGAGACCAAUGCUUCUCUGGUGAUGGACAAACCUGACGGUAUACCUGGCCUCUCAUUGACCAACUUCACUGUGGGCGACAUGAAUAUUCGCCGCGAAAUUGCAGUCGCUCUGAAUAUUGCUCCUGCAGCAUUGAGCAUUAGACUUUAUCCUUCGAAUGUGGCUGAGGAUACUGAAACCGGGGUAUUUAUCUUCAGAGCAGUCUUUCAAGACACUGAUGCACCCAUUGAUGCAGGGACACCAACCUGUAUUACUUGGUUGACCGUCGAUGCUUUGAACCUGAAUGGGAAGCCUUUGGAUUUGUUCAUUUUCACACUGGAGAAGGGGAAGGUGACGGGUGUUCAAAUACCGGCUCUUGAUCUUCAAAUCGCUAAAGCCACUUAG